CGACCUAACAUUAUAUAAUAAAAUAUAACUAUCGUUAAGAUGUGACUUGAGAUGGUUGUCAAGAAACGACUGCGCAUCAAUCUUUCAUUCAUAAAGAAAAAUGUAUUGUUUGUGUAUAUACAUGUACAUCAUCAGCAAUAAAAUUGUAUUAGCCAAGAAUAAUUCUGUGUUAUGAUAAUUUAACGCAGGUGUUUUGCAAGUUUCGCUUGUAGUUAGGAUAAACAACUAGUUAGUAACUGUUUAUUACUAAGUGUAUUAUUUAUAUUUUAGACUUAUAUUUAAAUAGUUAAUCAAUCAUUAAUAAUUGUAAUUAUAGUGUUUAGUAAAAUUGUCAAUUUUUUUUUUCUUAUAAAUGCUAUAUUAUUUAUUGCAAAUUAUUGUAAAAAAACAAGAAAUUAGUACUAUCAGUUUGUAAGUAAAAAAUAAUAAAUUUUUUUUAAUACUCAUGGAAGGAGAUGAUGGGCUAACAAAUGAAACAUUAUUUCGAGAAGAGUGUUCGAUACCAUUGGAAGUAUUGGAUUUCAUUCAAAACUUUAAUCAAUCUGAUUUAGAAUUAAUUUGGCCUUGUCAAGUAAGAUACUAUUGGUUAAAUUUACAAUCAUUCGUUAAAGUUGUUCGUAUUUUAUUAGCUUAUGUUACACCUUUUGUUAUAGUCCUUGGAGUCAUACUGAAUAUCAUAUCAUUUGGUAUGUUAAGUAAGUCGGUUAGCGACUCAGGAUUAUCAUUAUAUCUUCGAGCACUUGCGAUAUCAGACAACGGAGCGUUAAUAUUUGAUUAUGGUGUAGGAGUUGCAAGAUCAAAUUUUUCAGCUUUCAAUACCUUAUUUAUGAAUAGUAAAUUUUUGUGUUGCAUGAAUUCUGUGUGUAUGGAAUUUUUUCAAAUAACAUCAACUUGGCUUGUAGUGUCGUUAACAUGGGCUCGUGUUGCGGCAAUUAUUUUUCCUCUUCAAACACUUAAUAAAAAUCAUGAUCGCUCUGCAGUUAUUGUUAUUAUUACCUUAACAUGCAUUAGUCUUGCUGUUUCUCUUACCAAAUUAUACUGUGGAGGAUACGAAUCUGACAGCGUAUUUGAAUAUGUAACUUGUCAAAAAAUAGUAAUCCCAUGGGGAAUCCCAAUGUAUUUUUAUAUAGCUUUUUGUACAUGGCUUCCUUUACUUUUCGUUUUUAUUGGGAAUGUAUUACUCAUAUUUCAUAUGAGAAAGUCUGAAGCUAUUCACACACAAUUAACCGGAACAGUUCGGAAUAAAUUGAAUUUUAUUAAUCGAACAAGUGGAACUCUAUUGGCAGUAUCAAUUGUUCAUUUAAUUUUAUUAUUACCUAUUGGAUUUGUUGAAACUUUAGAACUAUAUUGGGAUGUUAUACUAAAAAAACAUCCCUCAAAAGAUAUUGGAGAAAAUCAACAACAAUACAUUAGUUGGCUUCAAGAAAAGAUGUUAUUAAAAUGGUGCCGAGGAUUAUUUUUUCAUAUUUAUCAUUGGAAUUUUGCUAUUAAUUUUUUUCUUUAUUAUUUAACAGGAAAAAAAUUCAGAGAUCGUGUAAUUAAUGCUUUAAAAAAUUGCACUAAAUUUUCGUUUAACAAGCAUAAUUCAGUAGAAAGAUGAUGACUAUCUUACAAAAUACAUUAUUUUUUUCAUUACAUAUUGUAUUAUAAUUAUUUAAUUUCAUGUAUAAAUCUAUGCAAAUUAAAAAAAAAUUAGAUUUUUAAUAUCAAAAGAACGUAUACGCCGUUAUAACUUUAGCACACAGAAAAAAAGAAAAUCGUGA